AUGGCGGCAACUGUAGAUCUCGCAGUCGAGUUCACUGGAGGACUCGAGCUGCUCUUUUCAGAUCAACGAAAGCACAAGAUAUCAAUACCUGCGAAAGACCCAUCUGGACAGCCUGUGAACGUGGCGUUCCUCAUACAGUGGCUUUGCGAUAACUUGAUGAAGGAUCCAAGGAAGGACAUGUUUGUUCUGGACGAUACAGUGCGACCUGGUGUUCUUGUCUUGAUCAACGACGCAGACUGGGAGCUGGAGGGUGAGGACAAGUACGAGGUUCAGCCAGGCGACAACAUUGUCUUUGUGUCGACACUACAUGGAGGCUGA